UGUGCUCUUCUUGGGGGAGGAGGUUAUGCAGAAAAGGUGGCAGUCCACUCUGGGCAUGUCCUGCCUGUUCCCAAAGGUGUUUCAUUACAAGAAGCUGCAGCUCUUCCUGAAGUGUCCUGCACUGUUUGGUCAACUGUUUUUAUGACAAGUCAUCUAUCUUCAGGCGAGAGUUUUCUGGUACAUGGAGGUUCCAGUGGCAUUGGAACAUUUGCUAUUCAGAUAGCCAAGCACAUUGGAGCAAAAGUUUUUGUUACAGCAGGCAAUGAGGAAAAGUUGAAAUGCUGUAAGGAGCUUGGAGCCGAUGUUGCUAUAAAUUACAAAACAGAAGAUUUUGUGUCUCGUGUGAAGGAGGAAACUGGAGGAAAAGGUGUUGAUGUAAUAUUGGAUAAUAUGGGUGGUCCUUAUCUUCAGAGAAACCUAGAUGCUUUGGGUCUUGAUGGGAGACUAUUUAUUAUUGGUUUCCAAGGAGGUUCUGUCACAGAGAUCAACUUGUCAAGCAUAUUUGCAAGGCGUCUUACUAUCCAAGCGGCGGGAUUGCGGACUCGGGCUGUAGAGAACAAGGCGCAUAUUAUUGCUGAUGUACAAAAGCAUGUCUGGCCUGCCAUUGAAGAAGGCAAAGUGAAGCCUGUGAUUCACGUAUCACUUCCUUUGUCACAAGUUGCAGAGGGCCACAGAAUUAUGGAAUCGAGCACCCAUAUUGGAAAAAUUCUACUUACAAUAUAGCAGUUAUUAAACAAAGAGGAUGUAAUAUUACAUUUUCUCCUUCCAACUUAAUUUUCAUUUACUGAGGGUGAGUUGACCUGGAAUAUGCUAUUUAAUGCACCUGAAUCUACUGGAGGCGGGCAUUGCAGUAACGUGUGCUUUACCUUUGUUCUGUACCUUGAUUAUCCCGAAACUUUGCCUUGUGACUAUUUCAUGGUUGUUUCAAAGAUGGUAAUUCAUUUCA